UAUGCACACACACAUAUAUCUGUAGUUGUAAUUAUAAUUAGCCAUUUUUACGACGAAAACAAACUAUUAAAUAAUAAAAAAAAAAACUUAAAGUUAAAUGCCAAAUAUUGUCUACAACGAAUAUUAGUACUGAAACAAACGUAUUUUAUAUAAACACGAAAACGAAACAAAAACCAAAGUCAAGCAAAACAAAGUGCCAAAACAAUAAACGUCCAGCAAUUUUAAAUGCUUUAAGUAACCUCCAAAAAAAGAAACAAAGAGAGAGAGAAAUUAAGAAAGAGAGUGUAAGAGAGCAAGUGCAAGAUGGGAAACGCGGGCAGCUCGACAGUGCAUAUGCAUCGAGAGCGCCACAAGUCGACCGACCUCUCGACGCCAAGUUCUCCCGCACAAUUUCGCGACUCGGUGGCAAGUGUGGGCGCCGCAGGGGGUGGCAGCGGAGCGGGCGGCGGCAGCGCGGGCGCAGCAGCUUUGGGCGGCACUGGAGCAGGCGGCCAAGCUUUCUCAUUCGAUAAAAAACAUACGGCAGUCUUAACCGAGGGUUCGUCGCAAGAAGACGAAGACCCGUACUAUACGAGAGCGGCAGUGGGAGCGGGAGCUAAGCGCACAUCAGUUCUUGAUAACGAUUUAACAACAACAACAACAGCAGCAGCAGCAACAGCUGAGAGAGAGCACAUAAUGGAGGAGAAUAACGAUGAUGAACAGACACUGGGAUUAGGAUCACUCUCCACAGCCGAUGCCGAUGAUGACCUUAGGAAAACAGCGCUGCCAACAGUGUUACGCUGGGAUUACGGUGGCAAGAAUGUAACCAUUUCGGGCACAUUCUCCAAGUGGAAACCCAUACCAAUGGUGCGCAGUCAUGGCAACUUUGUGACCAUCAUUGAUCUGCCCGAGGGCGACCAUCAGUACAAGUUCUGUGUGGAUGGCGAAUGGAAGCACGAUCCAAAAUUGAAAAGCGUGGAGAACGAUGAGGGUGAUAAGAACAAUUUGGUAUCGGUGCGUGCCUCAGAUUUUGAGGUAUUCCAGGCGCUGGCCAAAGACAGUGAGAAUGUGCCGAACUAUGCCGAAAGGGAAUACUCACAGGAGGUGCCACAGGCGAAGCCCUGGGAGAAGGUAUCGGGACCGCCAGUAUUGCCGCCACAUCUGCUCCAGGUCAUACUCAACAAAGAUACGCCGCUAUCGUGUGAGCCUACAUUGUUGCCCGAACCGAAUCAUGUCAUGCUGAACCACUUGUAUGCACUGUCCAUCAAAGACGGCGUCAUGGUGCUCAGUGCCACCCAUCGGUAUCGCAAGAAAUAUGUCACCACGCUGCUCUACAAGCCCAUUUAGGCUGAUUCGAUCCAAAACUUCUAUAUUUUAUUUACUGUAAAUGGUUUUCAACUCGCUCGCUAUUUUACAAUUUAUAGAAAAAAAAGGUGGAAUGCCAAUACUUUUGUUAAAAAC